GGUGACCUGACAUUCCAUCCAAAGGUCAGUAAUAAGAGACCACUAAUCCCCCACCCUACCUCCACCUGACAUUGAGUCAUGUCAGGUCCCCCAAAAUACUUUAACUUUCGUCUUUAUUCAAUACAUUUUCAGAAAAUGCUCUCGAUUUUCCACCUCGGAAUUUUUUUUCCUAAAGCCGUAAAUUUUUGGAAAAUUACUUCUCUGGGAAUCAUUUAUUGAUUGAUUUAUUUAUUUUGACUCACUCACGCACAGAUGACUGCAGGUGCUGGCAUGUCAGAGUACACAGGUGGAGUGGCCAAAACAGUGUCCAUGUUUUCCAAGCUGAUGAACCAGGGAUCUGCUUUGGUUGUUGAAGGUGUCAACUUUGUACUAAAGGAAAAUAAACUUCCUAUCACAAGAAUUGUGGAUCAUUUGAUGGAACUGAAAAACUGUGAAGAAGAGAAAGAGUAUCGCUAUUUUGAUCCCAAACUGUUGCGCCCGGGUGAUGGAGCAGCAACCCCUCGCACACGAACCCCAUUUCAGGCAAGGGUUUCAUAUUUGCAUUAUCAUAUCACUUGAAAAAUCAAGUACCUU